CUCAGAACACGCCCUGUCCUCUCCUCUUCACUCACCACUCACACUCAUCAUGCCAGGACAUAAACCCACUCCCCGCAGGCCCAGCUUGUCGCCCCACUCCUCGUUCCGCGGCAAGAACGUUGUCAUGGCUUCGCGUGGUCGCGCUCCUUGGUACACUCCCGACGGCAAGGCGGUGCCGGCGUACGUGAUCGGAAUCGCGGGAGGCUCGUCUUCUGGCAAGACAUCGGUCGCGCGCGCCAUCUGCAAGGGCCUUAACAACAUACCCACUGUCCUGAUUCUAUCGCAAGAUGCCUUCUAUAAACGCCACACGCAAGAGGAGAUCGACAGGGCUAUGAACAAUGACUUCGAUUUCGACCAUCCUGAUUCAAUUGACAUGGAGCUGUUUGCCCAAUGCCUCAACGACCUGAAGCUUGGGCGCGCGACAGAGAUUCCCGUAUACUCCUUCGAGCACCACCAACGCUUGGAGGAGAAGCAGUACCUGUACGGUGCCAGCGUCAUCAUCGUGGAAGGUAUAAUGGCACUGCAGGCGGCGGAGAUGCGUGACCUGUACGACCUGAAAGUGUUCGUCAAUUGCGAUUCAGACCUCAUGCUCGCCCGGCGCAUCCGACGAGACACAGUUGAGCGCGGACGCGACGUGGACGGCAUCCUGGAUCAGUACCUGCGCUUCGUUAAAUCGAGCUACGACAACUUUGUGCAGCCGUCGUCCAAGUAUGCGGAUAUUAUCGUGCCGGGACACCACAACGACACGGCGAUCGAGCUACUAGUGACGCACCUUCAGCGACAGCUCGAUGCGAGAAGUCUCCGUUUCCGCCGUGAACUUGUCGAGUUGGACAGCACCGCACCGACGCCGAGCGAGGUCGUGAACGUGCAACUCGUGCCGCAGACGAACCAGUUGCUUGGCAUUAUGACGAUUCUUCGCAGCGCAGACACGAAGCGCAACGAGUUUAUCUUCUACGCAGACCGUCUGUCCACAAUCAUCGUUGAGGCGGCGCUUGCCGAGCUUCCCCGCCAGUCGAAGGACAUUACGACGGCGAAUGGUGUUACCUUCCACGGCGUUGACGGAUGUGACAGUAACAUCAUUGGCGUUUCCAUUCUCCGCUCGGGCGGCCCAUUUGCCAACGGGCUCCGCCGCGUUAUUCGUGACGUACCCCUCGGCAGCAUGCUCAUCCAGUCGGAGCCUCAGUCCGGCGAGCCCCUCUUGCUGGACGUCAAGCUCCCUGAGUCUCUGCAUUCAAGAAACACGGCACGGACGAUGCAAGUUCUCCUCCUUGACUCACAGAUGGGCACCGGUGCUGCGGCAUUGAUGGCGAUCCGGGUGUUGCUCGACCACGGAGUUCCGCAAUCCAACAUCACAUUCCUAACCUUCCUCGUCUCGCGGUACGCCGUGCACAGCGUGCAUCGGGCGUUUCCGUCCGUGCGGAUUGUCACGGCGGCGAUCGACGACGAGCUGGACGAGGUACGGCUGCCAGUCGUAGCGGGCCAUACACUGGGCGAGGUGAGCGCCGAGGGCGAUUUCAGCGCGCGUGUCGUUGCGAUGCACGAGGACGCGAUUGAUUUCGAGGGCGGGGUCGAGACACCGACAGGCGACGCACUCGGCAAUGGGGUUGGGGUAGGGUUGCGUUUCUCGCGCGGCGAGAAGAAAGAGAAGAUCGCAUGGGUUGUCAAGCCGGGCAUGGGGCAUGUUGGGGAUCGUUAUUAUCUGUCGUAAGAGAUCGAGGUUGUCAGAGGAUGGGGGGCAGGAUGACAUUGCUCGUGCUCGUGCUCCGGUUGGUGCUUGUGCUCCUGCAAUAACAUCACAACCUCCUCACGCAACGUUGACUGCACUGACUCCACAAUACGGCCGUGCGCCGUCUCACCCCUCAGCUCCGCGUCGCAAACAAAAGUUCCAUCGGCACGACCACCAAGCCUGCACACUGCUCCGAGGGUGGUACUUGUUAUCAAUCAUGACAUUUCUCAUCACAGGUAUUCGUUACUAAUAAACAGCGAGCUAUGACCGGAGCGCAGAUACGUAUGGGAUCCAGAACGGUAUGACUGUUGAAGCGGGUAUCGCCGAUGGCGGGGUAUGGAGGGGAGCGGCAGGACGAGCGACGAGCGCCGAGCCGGUGACCG